CGAAUCUAUAAAAGGAACUAGUCGCGGCACAAGCCGGGUAAUUCCGAGGGAGACAGAGUGGGGCAGGGACCGCCGAGCCGAGCCGACACAUCUUCCCCCGGGCGCGGGUGGGCAAGGCAGGGGUCGCCGCAGCACCAGGGCCACCAGAGCCCAUUUCUCGGGGCGCUCUGCUCCUGCUCUCCCCCUUCUCCAGAAGGGUUUUUCAAGGAGUGGGGAAAAGAGACGAAGACACAAAAGUGGAAAACAGUUAAUGACCAGCCACAGCGUCCCUGCUGUGAGCUCCGGCCACUGCCUCCACACUCCCAGCCACGCUCAGGUUGCCGUGGGCGCCAGCUGAGCUAGCAUGGCGUGCUGGCCUCAGCUGAGGUUGCUGCUGUGGAAGAACUUCACUUACAGAAGAAGACAAACAUGUCAGUUGUUGCUGGAAGUGGCCUGGCCUCUAUUUAUCUUCCUGAUCCUGAUCUCCGUUCGGCUGAGCUACCCACCCUAUGAACAACAUGAAUGCCACUUUCCAAACAAAGCCAUGCCCUCCGCAGGAACGCUUCCCUGGGUCCAGGGGAUCAUCUGCAACGCCAAUAACCCGUGUUUCCGGUACCCAACUCCUGGUGAGGCUCCGGGCGUUGUCGGAAACUUUAACGAAUCCAUUGUGUCUCGCCUGUUCUCAGAUGCUCAGCGGCUUCUCUUAUACAGCCAGAGAGACACCAGCAUGAAGGACAUACACAAGGUCCUGAGAACAUUGCAGAAGAUCGAGAACAACAGCUCAAGUUUGACGCUGCGGGACUUCCUGGUGGACAAUGAAACCUUCUCUGGAUUCCUGAAUCACAACCUCUCUCUGCCAAGGCCUACUGUAGACAGAAUGCUGGGGGCCGAUGUCAGCCUUCGCCAGGUGUUUUUGCACGGCUACCAGUUACGUUUGACCAAUCUGUGCAGUGGAUCAAAGUUAGAAGAGGUGAUCCAACUUGGUGACCAAGAAGUUUCCAGGCUCUGCAGCCUGCCAGGGGAGAAACUGGAUGCCGCAGAGCGAGUGUUUCUUUCCAACUUGGACAUUCUGAAGCCCAUCCUGACAGGACUAGACUCUAUAUCUCCCUUCCUGAGCCAGGAGCUGACUGAAGGCACAAAAAUGUUGCUGGAUAGUCUCGGGACUCUGGCCCAAGAGCUGUUCAGCAUGAAGAGCUGGAGUGACAUGCGGCAGGAGGUGAUGUUUCUGACCAACGUGAACAGCUCCAUCUCCUCCACCCAGAUAUACCAGGCUGUCUCCCGCAUCGUCUGUGGCCACCCCGAGGGUGGGGGCCUGAAGAUCAAGUCCCUCAACUGGUAUGAGGACAACAACUACAAAGCCCUCUUUGGAGGCAAUGGCACUGAGGAGGAUGCUGGCGCUGUCUAUGACAAUUCUACAAGUCCUUAUUGCAAUGAUGUGAUGAAGAGUUUGGAGUCCAGUCCACUCUCCCGCAUCAUAUGGAAAGCUCUCAAGCCUCUGCUUGUUGGGAAGAUCCUGUAUACACCUGACACUCCAGCCACGAGGCAGGUCAUGGCUGAGGUGAAUAAGACCUUCCAGGAACUGGCUGUGUUUCAUGACAUAAAAGGCAUGUGGGAAGAGCUUAGCCCCAAGAUCUGGACCUUCAUGGAGAGCAGCCCAGAAAUGGACCUUGUCCGGACACUCCUGAACAGCAGGGGCAAUGACCACUUCUGGAAACAGCGCUUGGCCGGCUUAGACUGGACAGCCGAAGAUAUCGUGGCGUUUCUGGCCAAGUACCCAGAGGACGUGCAGUCAGAGAACGGCUCUGUGUACACCUGGAGAGAAGCUUUCAAUGAGACCAACGGGGCGGUCCAGACCAUAGGUCGCUUCAUGGAGUGUGUCAACCUGAACAAGGUGGAACCGAUCGCAACAGAGGUUUGGCUCAUCAACAAGUCCAUGGAGCUGCUGGAUGAGAGGAAGUUCUGGGCUGGAAUCGUGUUCACCGGGAUUCCCCCUGACAGUGUCGAGUUGCCCCAUCACGUCAAGUACAAGAUCCGCAUGGACAUUGACAAUGUGGAGAGGACGAAUAAGAUCAAAGAUGGGUACUGGGAUCCUGGUCCUCGGGCAGACCCCUUUGAGGACAUGCGGUACGUCUGGGGAGGCUUCGCCUACCUGCAGGAUGUGGUGGAACAGGCGAUCAUCCGGGUGCUGACGGGCACCGAGAAGAAAACCGGGGUCUACGUGCAGCAGAUGCCCUACCCCUGUUACGUCGAUGACAUCUUCCUGCGGGUGAUGAGCCGGUCCAUGCCUCUCUUCAUGACACUGGCCUGGAUCUACUCGGUGGCUGUGAUCAUCAAGGGCAUCGUGUACGAGAAGGAGGCGCGGCUGAAGGAGACCAUGCGUAUCAUGGGCCUGGAUAAUGGCAUCCUCUGGUUCAGCUGGUUCAUCAGCAGCCUCAUCCCUCUGCUCGUGAGCGCCAGCCUGCUGGUGGUCAUCCUGAAAUUGGGAAACCUGCUGCCCUACAGCGACCCCAGCGUGGUGUUUGUCUUCCUGUCCGUGUUCGCCGUGGUGACCAUCCUGCAGUGCUUCCUCAUCAGCACACUCUUCUCCCGGGCCAACCUGGCGGCAGCCUGCGGGGGCAUCAUCUACUUCAUGCUGUACCUGCCCUACGUCCUGUGUGUGGCCUGGCAGGACUACGUGGGCUUCACGCUCAAGAUCUUCGCGAGCCUGCUCUCCCCCGUGGCUUUCGGGUUUGGCUGUGAGUACUUUGCCCUUUUCGAGGAGCAGGGCAUUGGGGUGCAGUGGGACAACCUCUUCGAGAGCCCCGUGGAGGAAGAUGGCUUCAACCUCACCACCUCGGUCUCUAUGAUGCUGUUUGACGCCUUCCUCUAUGGGGUGAUGACGUGGUACAUCGAGGCUGUCUUCCCAGGCCAGUAUGGAAUCCCCAGGCCCUGGUAUUUUCCUUGCACCAAGUCCUACUGGUUGGGUGAGGAAAGUGAUGAGAAGAGCCAUCCUGGUUCCAGCCAGAAGGGCGCAUCUGAAAUCUGCAUGGAGGAAGAGCCCAGCCACCUGAAGUUGGGUGUGUCCAUUCAGAACCUGAUGAAGGUUUACCGAGAUGGCAUGAAGGUGGCUGUCGAUGGCCUGACUCUGAAUUUCUACGAGGGCCAGAUCACUUCCUUUCUGGGCCACAACGGAGCCGGGAAGACCACCACCAUGUCCAUCCUGACUGGGCUGUUCCCUCCCACCUCGGGCACCGCCUACAUCCUGGGGAAAGACAUUCGCUCCGAGAUGAGUACCAUCCGGCAGAACCUGGGGGUCUGCCCCCAGCACAAUGUGCUCUUUGACAUGCUGACUGUGGAAGAGCACAUCUGGUUCUACGCCCGCCUGAAAGGCCUCUCAGAGAAGUUUGUGAAAGCGGACAUGGAGCAGAUGGCCCUGGAUGUCGGUUUGCCACCCAGCAAACUGAAAAGCAAAACCAAUCAGCUGUCAGGUGGAAUGCAGAGAAAGCUGUCUGUGGCCUUGGCCUUUGUUGGGGGAUCCAAGGUUGUUAUUCUGGAUGAGCCCACAGCCGGCGUGGAUCCUUACUCCCGCCGGGGAAUAUGGGAGCUCCUGCUGAAAUACCGGCAAGGCCGCACCAUCAUCCUCUCCACACACCACAUGGACGAAGCAGACAUCCUGGGGGACAGGAUCGCCAUCAUUUCCCACGGGAAGCUGUGCUGCGUGGGUUCCUCCCUGUUCCUGAAGAACCAGAUGGGAACCGGCUACUACCUGACCCUGGUCAAGAAGGACGUGGAGUCCUCCCUCAGCUCCUGCAGAAACAGCAGCAGCACCGUGUCGUACCUGAAAAAGGUGGUGCCUGAGCUUCCCCCAGCUGGGCAGAGUGGAGGCAGAGGAGGAGAGGUGCAGAGGCUGGUGGCGCUGACUCAAGACGUCGCCAUCAUCUCCAACCUCAUCCGGAAGCACGUGGCCGAGGCCCGGCUGGUGGAAGACAUCGGGCAUGAGCUGACCUAUGUGCUGCCCUACGAAGCUGCCAAAGAGGGCGCCUUUGUGGAACUCUUCCACGAGAUCGACGACCGGCUCUCGGACCUGGGCAUCUCCAGCUACGGCAUCUCAGAGACGACCCUGGAGGAAAUAUUCCUCAAAGUGGCUGAAGAGAGUGGAGUGGACGCCGAGACCUCAGAUGGCACUUUGCCGGCAAGACGCAACCGGCGGGCCUUCGGGGACAAGCAGAGCUGCCUUCACCCCUUCACUGAGGACGAUGCUGUCGAUCCCAAUGAUUCCGACAUAGACCCAGAAUCCAGAGAAACAGACCUGCUCAGCGGGAUGGAUGGCAAAGGCUCCUACCAGGUGAAGGGCUGGAAACUCACUCAGCAGCAGUUCGUGGCCCUUCUGUGGAAGAGGCUGCUGAUUGCCAGGCGGAGUCGGAAGGGAUUCUUCGCUCAGAUUGUCCUGCCAGCUGUGUUUGUCUGCAUUGCCCUGGUGUUCAGCUUGAUCGUGCCACCCUUUGGCAAGUACCCCAGCCUGGAACUUCAGCCCUGGAUGUACAACGAACAGUACACAUUCGUCAGUAACGACGCUCCCGAGGACAUGGGCACCCAGGAGCUCCUGAAUGCCCUCACCCGAGAGCCCGGCUUCGGGACCCGCUGUAUGGAGGGGAACCCUAUCCCAGACGUGCCCUGCUUGGUGGGAGAGGAGGAGUGGACCACGGCCCCCGUUCCCCAGACCAUCACGGACCUCUUCCAGAACGGGAACUGGACGAUGGAGAACCCCUCACCUACCUGCCAGUGCAGCAGCGAGAAAAUCAAGAAGAUGCUGCCCGUGUGUCCCCUGGGGGCCGGGGGGCUGCCUCCUCCACAGAGAAAGCAGAACACGGAGGACAUCCUUCAGAACCUGACGGGGAGAAACAUCUCGGAUUACCUGGUGAAGACAUACGUGCAGAUCAUAGCCAAAAGCUUAAAGAACAAGAUCUGGGUGAACGAGUUUAGGUACGGCGGCUUUUCCCUGGGUGUCAGCAAUUCUCACGCACUUCCUCCAAGUCAAGAAGUUAACGAUGCCAUCAGGCAAAUAAAGAAACACUUGAAUCUGGCCAAGGUGUGGUUCAAUAACAAGGGGUGGCAUGCCAUCAGCUCUUUCUUGAAUGUCAUCAACAACGCCAUUCUGCGGGCCAACCUGCAGAAGGGGGCGAACCCCAGUCAGUACGGGAUCACUGCUUUCAACCACCCCCUGAACCUCACCAAGCAGCAGCUCUCGGAAGUGGCUCUGAUGACCACAUCGGUGGAUGUCCUCGUGUCCAUCUGUGUUAUCUUCGCCAUGUCCUUCGUCCCGGCCAGCUUUGUCGUGUUCCUGAUCCAGGAGCGGGUCAGCAAGGCGAAGCACCUGCAGUUCAUCAGCGGGGUGAAGCCCGUCAUCUACUGGCUCUCCAAUUUUGUCUGGGACAUGUGCAACUAUGUGGUCCCUGCCACGCUGGUCAUCAUCAUCUUCAUCUGCUUCCAGCAGAAGUCCUACGUGUCCUCCACCAACCUGCCCGUGCUAGCCCUCCUGCUCCUGCUGUAUGGGUGGUCGAUCACACCGCUCAUGUACCCCGCCUCCUUCGUGUUCAAGAUCCCCAGCACCGCCUACGUCGUCCUCACCAGCGUGAACCUCUUCAUCGGGAUCAACGGCAGCGUGGCCACCUUCGUGCUGGAGCUCUUCACCGACAACAAGCUGAAUAACAUCAAUGAUAUCCUGAAGUCUGUGUUCUUGAUCUUCCCGCACUUCUGCCUGGGUCGGGGGCUCAUUGACAUGGUGAAAAACCAGGCCAUGGCUGAUGCCCUGGAAAGGUUCGGGGAGAACCGCUUCGUCUCGCCACUCUCAUGGGACUUGGUGGGACGAAACCUCUUCGCCAUGGCCGUGGAGGGGGCGGUGUUCUUCCUCAUCACUGUUCUGAUCCAAUACAGAUUCUUCAUCCGGCCCAGACCUGUGAAUGCAAAGCUUCCCCCUUUGAAUGACGAGGACGAAGACGUCAGGCGGGAAAGGCAGAGGAUUCUUGACGGGGGAGGCCAGAAUGACAUCUUGGAAAUCAAGGAGCUGACCAAGGUGUAUAGAAGGAAGAGGAAACCUGCUGUCGACAGGAUUUGUGUUGGCAUUCCUCCUGGCGAGUGCUUCGGGCUCCUGGGAGUUAAUGGGGCUGGGAAGACGUCAACUUUCAAGAUGUUAACUGGAGAUAGCACUGUUACCAGAGGAGAUGCUUUCCUUAACAAAAAUAGUAUCUUAUCAAACAUCCACGAAGUACAUCAAAACAUGGGCUACUGCCCGCAGUUCGAUGCCAUCACGGAGCUGAUGACUGGGAGAGAGCACGUGGAGUUCUUUGCCCUCUUGAGAGGAGUCCCAGAGAAGGAAGUUGGCAAGGUCGGUGAGUGGGCGAUUCGGAAGCUGGGCCUGGUGAAGUACGGAGAAAAGUAUGCCGGCAACUACAGUGGCGGCAACAAGCGCAAGCUCUCCACAGCCAUGGCUCUGAUCGGCGGGCCUCCUGUGGUGUUUCUGGACGAACCGACCACUGGCAUGGAUCCCAAGGCCCGGCGAUUCCUGUGGAACUGUGCCCUCAGCAUCAUCAAGGAGGGGAGAUCGGUGGUGCUCACCUCUCAUAGCAUGGAGGAAUGUGAAGCUCUUUGCACGAGGAUGGCAAUCAUGGUCAAUGGCAAGUUCAGGUGUCUCGGUAGCGUCCAACAUCUGAAAAAUAGGUUUGGAGAUGGGUAUACGAUAGUUGUCCGCAUAGCAGGGUCCAACCCGGACCUGAAGCCCGUCCAGGAGUUCUUCGGGCUGGCCUUCCCGGGCAGCGUCCUGAAGGAGAAGCAUCGGAACAUGCUGCAGUACCAGCUCCCGUCCUCACUGUCGUCCCUGGCCAAGAUCUUCAGCAUCCUCUCCCAGAGCAAGAAGCGCCUCCACAUAGAAGACUACUCUGUCUCGCAGACAACACUUGACCAAGUAUUUGUAAACUUUGCCAAGGACCAAAGUGACGACGAUCCCUUAAAGGACCUGUCGUUACACAAAAACCAGACAGUAGUGAACGUUGCAGUUCUCACAUCUUUCCUGAAGGAUGAGAAAGUGAAAGAAAGUUAUGUGUGAAGACUCCUGUUCCUGCAGGGUGGCUGAAAGAGAGGAGGGACUGCCCUUCCUUCGCACCGGGUGAGGAGCCCAGAGGAGCGAGCCGGACGCUUCCGUGGGAAGAAGUAAACUGGAUACUGUACUGAUCCUCUUCAAUGCAAUGCAGUUCAAUGCAAUCCAAACAGAAUUCCAUGCCAGGGGCAGUGCCUUUGUAGCCGAUGUCUCCUAUGGCUCUCGAGGGAAAAAGACUUGAAUUUAGUGUAUUACCUUAUGUCUAUGUGAACCUCUAGUAUGGAACCCAGAGGACAUAUGGGUUUGAAAUCAUACUGGGUUUUUUUUAUUUGUUUUGUUUUUUUGUUUUUUGUUCCUUUGUAUUCUCACUGGGGUUGCAUCAACAAUCCGUCAAGUCAUCAUGGCCAGUGAUUAUUUGCCCACAUCAGAAGGCAUGCAUGCACAUCCUCGCUCAUUACACCGUGCCAUGCCAUGAGACUGGUUUCCCGGUGCCACCUCCACGGAGGGCAGUGAGUGCACCGGAAUUGCUAGUGCCAAGUGGUGCACGGUGUGUCAUGCACACUUUUGUGGAAGUUGUGCUACUUGGAGUCUUAUCGACAUCACCAAAUAUCAGGUGACAAAAGUGGUGCCACGUGUGGGGGAAAGUCCUGCUCUGCUUCCCUCGUUGAUGAGCUGCUGUGGUUGAUGGUGACAUGCAAAUUGCGGGUGGCUCCAGACAAGUGAGACUUGGCUUCAUUGUUACAUUGUCCCUCGCUUGGAGCCAUGGGUCUCCAGGGUCAUCUUGCUGGGACUCCUUAAAUGUACUUAGGUCCUGGUAAGAACCAGCACCCAAUUCGUCGGGGCUGCUGGGGCCAGGGUGAGGGAGGGAGGAGAUGGUGCCGAUGGUGCGUUUGGACCUGGGCAGGCCUGUGUCCACUCGUCCUGACUGUCUGCCAACACGGUACACUGCAUCUCAAGAUCUUGUCCGACAAAAAUGUAGUAGUAUUUCUGGCUUUUCUAGAGUAUGAAAAGAUGGAGUUGUAUUUUGACAAAAGUCUUCGUGCUUUUAAUGUUACUUGGAAUUUUAAGUCCUGUCAGUUACUUUUGACACCUUAGAAUAUGGCCUGUGGUGACCGCCCGACUGGUGCCUCAUGACUGGAAAACAGCAUGAGGGUCGAGAUCUCAUGACAUUACAUUUAAGUUUCUUUACUAUCAUUUAAAAGUAAUCUCAGCUCAUUAAUCACGUUUCUUUCUUUCUUUCUUUCCUUUUUUUUUUUUUGGAGCCUGUGUUACAGCCGAAUGAGUAUGGGUGGAUGGAUAGAUGGGGUGGGGAGAAACCAAGUCUCAGAUCCCCGGUGCCAUGUUAUUCAGCUAACUGGUUUACAAAUACGCAUAGGUGGUUCUGCUGUGGUCGUGGGAGGCCAGUGAAAGGCAGUGGGGCAGCCCACUUUCUGAAAAUAGCAACAAUGCAAAAGCCAAGAGUGUUUAAACGUCAUGAGGGUCACAAGACUUGAACAAUGAGUAUUUUUCGGGAGAACACGGCAAGUUUUAAAAGUUGUUGAACAAGACAGUUUGUGCUUAGGACAUUGAGUACCUUCUUCAAAGAAUUGGCUUUGAAGACCUUAGACACCUCAUUCAUACAAUCUCAAAUUUUUCAUCUCUUCAAUCACUAAUCUAUCAUGAAAAAAAUAAAAGCAACAAAUGCCCCCACAUGAAGUAUAUUUCAGACUUUUCCAACCCAGUCUUAUUUUUUUAGGCAGUAAAUACUUAAAAAAUAUUAUUUUACCAAUGCUUAAUGUCAUCUGUAUUGAGACAACAAAAAUAGGAGGGAACCACUGUUUGGUGAAAUUCAAUUGAUCAUUCACUGUCACUUUUUUCUAAAAUUUGUUAACUCAAAGAGUGUAAGAUUUCAGAUCUACUUUUAAUUUAUAGUUUUUCCUUUUAAAAUUUACAGAAUGUUAUCACAUAACUUGUUGAUUGGAAAAGAAAGUGAUUUUCAGAAAUGAUUGCCAAUAUUGUUUUCUAAAAUGAUAAACAAGUAAUGAAGGCGUAUUUCCAAAUACUAGAGAUCAUCCAAUGUAUUUUAUGCUAUCUAUAAUGAUGUAAAACUCAUAGAAUAAUUUAGUUUCUCCUUGUGUAAUAUUUUCAGAAUCAAACUUCUGUUUUCCUAUUUUAUCAGAAUCAUGUUUGAAUGGUCGACUAUAUCAAAUCCAUAAGCAACUCUUUGCUUUAAUUUCUCUGACUUCAAGGCCAUAUUUAAAAAUCAUCAAAAGGCACUGUGAACCAUUUUGCAAAAGAACAAUGUUUCAACAUAGAUUUGAAAAGAUCUCUUCUGAAGCUAGAAACAAUCUACAAUUACCAUCAAUUUCGUUAAUACUGUUACCUCUUAGGUUAUCCAAAUAGAUACCUUUUAAACUUUCCUAUGUAAACCUAAUUAUAUAGUAAAAAUUUUUACCAACUCUUACUCAAGUAAAAUCUUUAUAUAUCCCCUGUGGAACUAUAACUAUGUGAGUUUCAGAAAAUUCUCAAGUGUUCAAAGAUUUCUGCUUUUGCUUCUUUUGGACAUCUUGGAAAGUUUAUGAACAACUGUGAAUAUGAAAAAUACAAAAGAAAACAGUAACAGAGCCCUCUAUACCUAAAUGCCCAGCUCAGUUCAUUGUUAAAAACAAACAACCAAACCUCAAACUACUGUAUUUCACUAUCUGUACUGAAAGCAAUGCAUUGUGGCUAUUAUUGCACAUCAUUCAUUCACUGUAUAGUAACUAUUGACUAAAGGGAUUUGUCUAUGUUUUCUUCGUGUGGUUGUAUAUAUCAGGAAAAUUGUUUUUUUUUUUCCCAAAGAGCCAUGUGUCAUAUAAUAUUGAACCACUUUGACAUUGAGAUAUUAAUUUGUACCCUUGUUACUACUUAAUAGUAAUAAUAUAGUACUAUAUAGAGUAGUGCUCUAAUUCUCUUUAAAAUUGUUGCAUCCCUUUGAUAGAAUGUUUCUAUUUACAUAGGAUUAGGUAUUCUAUUCUUCCUUCCGAAACCCUAGGAUGAAGCUAUGUUUUUGUGCUUUUUCUUUAUCAUCGGCCCUUCAUUCCAAGCACUUUAUGUUGUCUGUGAUGGGAUCUAUUUUUGCACUGGAAUACCUGAGAAUUGCAAAACUAGACAAAAGUUUCACAAUAGAUUUCUAAGUUAAAUCAUUUUCAUUAAAAGGGGAAAAAAAAGAAAAACAUUUGUAUUGUCUAUAACUUUAUAUGAAGCAUUAAAAGCGUAUUUCUGUGUUGUAAUGAGUCAUGAAGAAAUAAAGCUGUGAUGGUUCUAUUGA